AUUUUGUUUUGUACCCUCCACUUCUGCCUCACUUUACAUGGUAUCAGAGUCGAUUUCGCUAGGGCUUCUUCUUUCGUGCCGCCUGGGGUUUUGACUUCAUAACCACUGGCCUAGUAUCGGAGGUGAAGCCAUUAUAGAGGAGAUUUUGCCAGUUCCUGAGACAUCGCCGUCACCAGGGGUUUUGACUCCAUAACCAUCGGCUCAGUAUCGGAGGUGAAGCCAUUGCAGAGGAUUCCGACGCUGAAGCCAAACCAGAUUCCUCCUUUUCUUGUUUUGUCACGAUCAUAGUGUGGAUUGGAGAUUGGAUUUCUUGAUUGGGUUUUUCAUUUCGUAUUGACGGUAAUAUUGAUUACCCUUUUAUUUGCUUUUCUCCUUGGUUGAUUUGCAUAUUGAUUUGUUGCUGUGGAAUUGGAUUCAAUAAUGGCCGAGAAAAAUGAGACUUUGGCUAUCAAAUUAGAUGGAAAGAAUUUUUCUUUGUGGAAAUUCCAUUUUCAAUUCUUUGUAGAAGGCAAAGGUUUGUGGGGCUAUAUUGAUGGAACCGAGCCUAUGCCUAAAGCAUCAAAAAUCAAAGAACUUCAACAGUGGAAGAUGAAUAAUGCAAAAAUUGUUUCUUGGAUUUUGGCUUCUGUUCAUAUUAAUAUUGGAAUCCCUAUGCGAGGAUUUCGCACUGCUAAGGCAAUGUGGGAACAUCUUGAAAAGGGUGAUAAAAAUAUUCAAGAUUGUUAUGCUGCUUUCAUGAGUCUGUGGAUUGAAUAUGAGCAGGGGAUUAUGGGUGACCAUUGUCUUAAGCUGAAGCAAAAGGGGAUUAAUUCCAAGCAGAAAUCCAAUCAUCGAGUAUAUCAAGCAACUAGUUCUCCAUGCCCUAAAUCAAUUCCUAUAGUGUCAUCUGCAUCAUCUACUACAAAUAAUCCUAGUUUUGUGGAAGGCAAAGAUUCACCUAUCUCAGAUGACGUUCGAAAAUUGGUACAGAAUUCAGUAUCCUCAGCUAUUACUUCUGCUUUUUCUGCUAUUGGUCUAUCUGGACCGUCACACUGGGAUAGUGAAAGGGAAGGGGUGUAGGAUUGGUCGCUUGUUUGCCUUGGAAUUUGACAAAGGACACAGUGAUGUUGGUUUAUUUGUUUCUUCUAAUAAAGAUGUCUCUAGUUC